AUGCGGUUACUGUGGGUCUUCUCAUUUCUUCUACUACUCGGCACUGCCACUUCCUUAAACCUCCUUUUAUUCCUGAUCGGGACUAAUCAAUUCGAGAGAGGAACUUUUGAGUAUUUGGCCCAGCAAUUGGCCUUGAGACAUCAUAAUGUAAUUACCGUCAAGCCGAUUUUGAUCCCAGAAGAACCCCGUUUGGUGAAGCCGAAGCUUCAUUUGGUGCGGGAGAAGACGAUGAAGAACUUGUUGACAAAAAAACUAUACGAACCUCUUGAAAAAAUUGGGGACACUGUGCCGUGGAGUCAAAACUAUGAACUCGACAAGAUGGAGGAGCCCUAUUGGGUUGGGCACAAUGCUUCUUGCGUAAAGAUGCUAAACUCGAACCUGAUGGACCAACUCAAGAAAGACGAGCUCGACGUCGUGAUUGCGUACGCCGGAAACCCGUGUCAACUGGCUUUGGUUCACGUGAUCGGAAAGCCAGUGAUCUAUUUCGAUCAGGAAGGCCUGACCGACGAGACGCUGGUUGCUGCCGGAGCCUCGCCUAGCCUAGACUAUCCAUCUUCACACUGCUCGUUCCGGCCGACCCCUUUGCUCCCCCUCAACCGAAUCUUCAACGGUAUCUGUAUUCUGAAAGAGUACCUGGCCCAGUCGAGGAUUCCGUUUUUGGCAUCGAUCGUCUCAAGGAGGUAUAAGCACCUUGACCAGGAGAUAACGAGGAUGUUUGCUGAGGAUUACGAGAUUAAGAAGAGGUUCAAGCCAUUCCCGGACGUCAAUGAACUCAAGGGAAAAUCAGCUCUAUUCUUCGCCAAUACCGAUCGGUUAUUGGAGUACGAGCGGCCACUUCCACCCCAUGUAAUUCCAGUCGGAGGAAUGCACAUCGACCAUCCGAAGCCGUUGUUUGCGCCCUGGAACACCUCGAUCGAGUCGGCCGAAUCCGGGAUGAUCAUCGUUUCAAUGGGUACGCAGGCCAACUCUGCAAAUAUGCCCGAAUAUAUGGCCCGGGCCCUCUUCGGUGCUCUUUCAAAGCUGAAGAAAUACCGUAUCUACUGGAGGGUUGGGCCUACAAUCAAAUUGGCCGGUGUCGACGUCGAGAAGCCACCCAGCCAUAUCAACUUCACGGCUUACAUUCCGCAGAACGAUUUGCUGGCUCACAAAUCCUGCAAACUCCUAAUCACCAACGGUGGUAUGCUAUCGAUCAUGGAAGCGGUGGCCCAUGGCGUUCCAAUGGUCGGCAUCCCGCUCUACGGCCAGAAUCGGCAUAAUAUGGGAAAAGUUGCGCACAGGGGCCUUGGCGUUGUCGUUGAAAAGCAGGAAGUCUCGGAGAGCACAAUUUAUGCAGCCAUCAAGAAUGUGUUGGAUUACCCGAGCUUCAAAAACAAGGCGAAGUGGGCGUCGAAGGAGUUCAAGGCGAGGAAAAAUACUCCGUUUGAAGAGGUACUCCACUGGAUCGAGUUCAUCGCCCAACAACAGGGAAAUCCUUUGAAAUCGCCAGCCGUUCAUCCGCUUAUUCAAUUAGCACGUCAUUUAUGUCUAGACCUGAUUUUGGCCGUAUUUUUCGUGCUCUACGUACCGUAUGCUUUUGCGAAAUGGUACCUCCGAAGAAUGCUGAAUCGAACCACUUCUACCCAUCAAAAAUCCAUCCCAUCAAAGUCUAGCCUCUCGAAGGAUUCCAACAAUAAUGGCAGCGAAUCGAAAAAAUUGAAA